CAAAAGUAGUGGUAAUCGUGUUGUAGUAGUAGCAGCAACAACGGCAGUAGGAACCUUUUGUAAAUAACUGAGGGGAGCGUUAGCGUGACACCGUUACCAUGGAGACUCAAACGCUACAUCCGGUGAAGAUUGAUUGUUUUGGCGAUUCCUUGUUUAGUGGAAACGAUUGUUUGAAUCAGUUGUUGGAUUUAGCUUACUAUCGAAAUAAUACACAGUUAUAAAUAACCUGAAUACUAAAGUAAGAAAGGAGGUUCGUAGCUCACUUAAACCAGCUCGCCUUUCGUUCGGCAUUAAAGGUUCACCACUCGCAAAGUCUAUUUCAGUUGCGUUUCGAUUAAAAUAUGGACUCUGAGUAUAUAAAACGUAACUUGGGGAAGUGUCUGGCAGAAGGACUCGCUGAUGUGGCCGAGAAGCGCCCCGUGAACCCCAUCCAAUACCUCGCCCACUGGCUUUACAGGGCCAACUCAAAUGUUGAAUAUGAGCAAAAGAAAAAGGCAACUUUGGCGCUCUUGCCUCAGGAGCAGGCAAAAGCCAGACAGGAGGCGACGCACCAGGAGAAGCUGAGGGAGGAGGAGCGAACCAUCAGCGAGGCCUUGCUAGAAUCAAAAACAGACAUUUCUGAGAAGCACGAUGGGCCCCUGUCAGCCAUAACCGCAGCUGCUGAGGACAACAAGCUUGUGACAGAAGAGCAACCUAAACCCUCUGAUCCAGAAACCCAGCAGGACACAGACGAACACCACACCAAAGCUGAGGAAAAGGACACUGACCAGCAGGUCACAGAUAAUGCCCCCAGUCCAGAGUCGCACGAAAGACAACCGUCUGAGGUGGGUAUCCCUCCCCUCCCAGAGGCCCUCAGCACUGAGGUCAAGCAGGAGUCUGCAGAAAUGCCUGUUGAACAAAGCAAAGUGGAGGAGGAGAAAACGGAGGUGGAGCCGAGUGGGGAGGAGAGAAGUGCAACCCCCAAUCAAAUAGAAGAGGAAAAAGUGGACGAAGAUAAAGAAAAGGUCGCUAUUAAAGCGGUCGUUGAUGAAGCGGUCGUUGAAGAAGCGGCCGUUGAUGAAGCGGUCGUUGAAGAAGCGGCCGUUGAUGAAGCGGUCGCUGAUGAAGCGGUCGCUGAUGAAGCGGCCGUUGAUGAAGCGGCAGUUGAAGAAGCGGCCGUUGAAGAAGCGGCCGUUGAUGAAGCGGUCGCUGAUGAAGCGGACAUGACCGAAGCGUUGCACUCGACUCCCAGUCGAGUCCCCUCCGACUUGAAACCAGAAGAUCUGCCGAACAGACACAUCCCUCAAGAUGCAGAGAAGAUUGAUGGAGAGGAAACCGGUAAGUUGGAGUCGACACCACAGAGCGAAGAUCCCAAACCAGAGGAGACACCGGAAUCAAGUGAUCCUCCCCCUCAAAACCAGGAAAAGGUGGAAGACGGGCAACGCUCCACUGAGGCUGCUGAUAGCUCGGCACCAGCUGAAAGCUCAGGUCCAGGUGAUAGCUCGGCACUAGCAGACGGCUCAGGUCCAGGUGACAACUUGGCACUAGCAGACGGCUCAGGUCCAGGUGACAACUCGGCACCAGCAGACGGCUCAGGUCCAGGUGACAACUCGGCACCAGCAGACGGCUCGGCUCCGGCUGACAGCACAGGUCCAGGUGACAGCUCGGCGCUAGCCAAUGGCUCGGCUCUGGCUGAGAGUUUGGCCACAGGCAACAGUGGCGAGGGGACGGAGUCCAGCGAGAGAACUCAAGAAGAGGCUGACAUUUCUAUGGAUGUGGAGCAGGAAGAGAAGAAAGAAGAACAAGAAGCAGACCAGUAGUGAUCAACAGUGUUGUCUAACAAUCAAUCUUUUUUUUUUUAAAUGUGUUGAUUAUAGACUGGAUAUUAUAGAACAUAUGUGUAGAUUGAUACGAAUAAAAAAA